UUACGGAGCGGCACAAGCACACGCCGCUUAUUAUUCCUCAUGGCCGUUCGAAAACGCCCAAAAUUGGCAACCGAAGAAGAGCAUUGCGAUAUCUGCAUUGAUUCAAGUCGCUAUCCGAUCGCCAGAAAAGAUGAAAAUAUUGUGGACAACUUUCAUGGAAUAGAGGUGCGAGAUCCAUAUCGUUGGUUGGAGGAUUCGGAUUCGAAAGAGACCAAAAGCUAUGUGCACAAGUUGAAUGCCGUCUCGGAAUCGUUUAUUGCAAGUGCUGGAAAAUAG